CGAGGGCGUGGGGCGGAGCAAGGCCUGGCGGGGCGGUGGCGAGAUGGCGGUGGUGGCGGCACCCGGUCUGGACCAGUUACGCGUGGGCUUUGUUGGCGCCGGGCGUAUGGCAGAGGCCCUCGCGCAGGGCUUCAUUCGAGCAGGAAAAGUCGAAGCUCAACACAUACUAGCCAGCGCACCGAGUGACAGGAACCUCUGCCACUUCCGGGCUCUGGGCUGCCAGACCACCCACUCCAACCAGGAGGUUGUGCAGAACUGCUGGUUAGUCUUCUUUGCCACCAAGCCCCAUGUCCUGCCAGCUGUCCUGGCAGAGGUGGCCCCCGUGGUAACCACUGAGCACAUCUUGGUGUCUGUGGCCGCCGGGAUCUCUCUGAGUACCCUGGAGGAGCUGUUGCCACCAGCCACACGGGUGCUGCGGAUCUCCCCCAACCUGCCCUGCGUGGUUCAAGAGGGCGCUAUGGUGAUGGCCCGCGGCCGCCACACUGGAAACAGCGACGCCGAGCUCCUGCAGACCCUGCUGGAGGCCUGCGGGCAGUGCGAGGAGGUGCCUGAGGCCCACGUGGACAUCCACACCGGCCUCAGUGGCAGCGGCGUGGCCUUCACUGGGUGCUUCAUCCAGGGAGAGCGUCAGCUUUGUCAGUCCCCACCCCUCACUGCUGCAGGUGUGUGCCUUCUCCGAGGCCUUGGCCGAAGGUGCCAUCAAGAUGGGCAUGCCCAGUGGCCUGGCCCACCGCAUUGCUGCCCAGACCCUGCUGGGCACAGCCAAGUUGUUGCUGCAGAAGGGGCAGCACCCGGCUCAGCUGCGGACAGACGUGUGCACGCCGGGCGGCACCACCAUCUAUGGGCUCCAUGCGCUGGAGCGGGGCGGGCUGCGGGCGGCCACCAUGAGCGCCGUGGAGGCUGCCACCUGCCGGGCCAGGGAGCUGAGCGGGAAGUAGGGAGCGGGCACUGGCCGUGGCCGCCCCCAGGCCCUCCUUCCCUGCCCCUUCCCGGCACUGCAGCUCUCCCUCAGGCAGGAACCCCCAGGGCUGCCCCAUCCCUGCGUGAGGAAAUGAAGACAGGACUGGUGGGGUUCGCAGGCAGGGGAUCCCCUCACCUGUAGGACCCCCCCCCCCACCAUGGGGCAGAGAGCACCGUGGCGGUGGCCCCCCUUCGUGGGUGGCCUGGGUUCUGGGGGCCUGAGCGUUGGGACGUGUGGGCUGGCUGCGUGAGGCAGGAGCAGAGAAGCUGGGCGGGCCCUUCCGACAGCUGUGUAACCACCGCCAGCUGGGGGGUGACGCAGAGACUGCGCAAGAGACUUGCUCUGUGCAAUGAAGCCAGCCACAUCCGUCUCGUCCCCAGGCUGACCUGCCAUUAGGUGGGGCUACCCACAGGGAGCUGGGCCCUGACCCUGCCAGGCCCCAAGAAGAGAACGGGGCUGGGUGUCCUUGCCCUGGCUGAGGAGGAGCUGCACCCACGUCCUUCCCUUGGGGACACUCGAGCAGAGCCCCCGCAGGAUGGCCGCAGUGCUCCAGCUGGCAGCAGGCCACGGGCAGUCUGGGAGGGUGGCCCGGCCAGCUGCGGGACAGAGACUUGGCUUCAGCUGGCCGUGGGCCCCCUGCCCCUGCGGAGCAGGAUCUGGGUGAUGUGCCCUGAUGACCCUUGCAUGGGUUGUCCUGGAGGGUCUUGUGGCCUGGCCUCAACUGCAGGACGUGGCUCUUCGGCAUGUCCCUGAAUGGAGCAACCAGCCCGGAGGGCAGGGAACUCAGGUCCCGAACUGAGGCUGUGGGGCCUGUGGUGGAGGGUGGGCUGCCCGCACUGCCCACCCCCCUCCCCCGGCAAGGCCCUGGAGUGCUGGAGCUCCCCUCCCCUCCCCCAGUGGCCUCCCGACACUGUGCCAGUCACGGGGUGGAGCUAGCUGAUUGUGCCACCACCUGCAGGCCGAGACGAGCAAAUCAGUCCUGUCUGUAGGUGGCCUGGUGGCACCCCCCCCCGCCACUGUAGCAGUGCCCACCCUGCUCUCGCUCCUGCCCUCCACCCCCCCCCCCCCCCCCCCACCGCCCCAUUCCAUCUUGGCACACUGGCCCUCCUGGCCCUCCUGCCUGUUAGGAGGGUCAGCCUGAGGACAUUUCCACACCUGACUUCUCUGAGAUGGGAAUAAAGACGCUGCUGUCCUGUA